AACCAGCGGAUCUGGUCGUCGUUAUGCUUUUCAGUGUCGGGUGGAGUCUACAUCCCGUCGCUGCUCUGUGGGGAAGGAGGAGGACUGCCUUUUUUUCUCCAUAGUUUCUCGUUGGCUAUUACUUGCUGCCAAGGCGCCCACAUACUUCUUAAAGAUGACGACGACAACCACCUACAAAGGAAUGGAACCCGGUUCUAAAAGCAGUUCCAGGGUACUACGGCCGCCCGGCGGGACUUCCAGCAUUUCCUUCGGCGCAGACCAAAACUCAACUCGCAAGGACAAGAUGGCCUCCAACAUCUUUGCAGAACCUGAAGACCCCCAUGCUCAUCGGAGGAACAAUCCACCCACCGGGGAAGCAGCAGGAACCCUGUGCGGGGAGCCGUCAGCCCCGCUGAGGCGAUGCCAGCAGCCUCUUCUCUUCCCCAAGAACCCCGAGCCGGAACUGACCACCAUCCACAACUCGGGGGCCGCCAUGGUGUGGAACCAGAGACGAGAGGUUGAAAAUGGCCAAGAAGAAGCAUCUGCUGAGUCUCCGGACAACGCGGAGGCGGAGCAAGAGGAGCCAGAGCAGCUGAAGGACUCGACACAGCCGUCCGCCCCGUCGGGAGAUGCCAACGCUGCCGCGGGCGGCCGGAGAAACCCACCUGGUGGCAAGUCCAGCCUCAUCCUGGGUUGAGACCACCUCUUUUUUUUUGUUUUUCAUUGGAACGCUUUUUUUAUUUUUUAAAAGAUAAAUACCCCUACCACUCUCUUCCUCUUCAUCGACUCGUCACCUUCUUCAUUGCUUCUCAUGCACUCUCGGCCGUCACAUCCGUGGACCCCCCCCUCGUCCUUUCCCUCCACCCUCAAACCUUUUGUUUUGAUCCUUUUUUCUAUUAAAAUAAGAAAACUGUUGACAAGCACUUUAUGUAUCUCUUUUCCCCUCCUCCAUUUCAGCCCAUCCUGUAGUGCAUCGCGCCUGCUGGGAAAGGCAUGACGUUUAGCUUGUCCCUCAUUCCUCCCUGUUGUAAAUGGUAAAGGAAAAAAUAAUAAAAAGGAUUUGAUGCGUGGAUUUCUAAAUACAAUAAAGAUUGAUAUGAAUUUGCUGUGA